AUGCAGGGAGCUAGAGAUUCACCAGUAAAACGUCCCGAUGAUAGCAGCAGCGAACAGUCAACACUGACUGCUGCGGAAGUGGCGGAACUACUAAACGAGCGAAACGCUUUGCGGGAAAGAGUGCGGGACCUUGAAGAAGAACUUGCAGCUCUUCGCACAUCGACAAGAAGCCCUACAAAAGCCCCACCGGCCUUCAAGAGCGUUUCACCCGCCACAUCCACCCCGCAGACUUCAGAACGUCAGCCAAGCAAGAAGCCACCAGUGCCGACUCCGAAGUUAGAAAAGCCUUUGGACAUUCCCAGCACAGAUGACCACCGAGAGACGUCGCCUGGAGAUGAUGCGGCACGAGUUCCCCCUUCCGAGACUGCAGGACCCUCUGUCGCAGCGGCAAAGCCUAGGCCGUUUCCGAGCAAAGCUGCGAAGCCCGUGGCUGAAGCAUCUUCUCCGGGAGUCGUUGCUCCCUGCGCUGAGGGUGGAGCUGCGUCGCCAGUGAAGGCCGGGCCUCCAGUGAGUAAGAAACUGCCCGGUUCUCUGCAGCCCAAGGCAGCGAAAGCAUCUUCCGCUACAGCAACUCCUGCAGAUAAUACAACAACCACGGACGGAAGUCAAGCUGAAGUUAUGGAUACCUGA